GCGGCCAGCAGCUAGUUGUUGGAGACCUCAGCUGGAGGUGUAACUGGCCACCGCGGGAGAAGAAGGGGCAGUGACUGAGGCGGCCGGGUCUCCGUAGCCAGGGAAGAUGGUGCUGCUGACGAUGAUCGCCCGCGUAGCGGACGGGCUUCCUCUGGCCGCCUCGAUGCAGGAGGACGAGCAGUCAGGCCGGGACCUUCAGCAGUAUCAGAGUCAGGCUAAGCAACUCUUUCGAAAGUUGAAUGAACAGUCCCCUACCAGAUGUACCUUGGAAGCAGGAGCCAUGACUUUUCACUACAUUAUUGAGCAGGGGGUGUGUUACUUGGUUUUGUGUGAAGCUGCCUUCCCUAAGAAGUUGGCCUUUGCCUACCUAGAAGACUUGCACUCGGAAUUUGACGAGCAGCAUGGGAAGAAGGUGCCCACUGUGUCUAGGCCCUAUUCCUUCAUCGAGUUUGACACCUUCAUUCAGAAGACCAAGAAACUCUACAUUGAUAGCCGUGCUCGGAGAAAUCUCGGCUCCAUCAACACCGAAUUGCAAGAUGUGCAGAGGAUCAUGGUGGCGAAUAUUGAAGAAGUCCUACAGCGGGGAGAAGCACUCUCAGCAUUGGAUUCGAAGGCUAACAAUUUGUCCAGUCUAUCUAAGAAAUACCGCCAGGAUGCGAAGUACCUGAACAUGCGUUCCACCUACGCCAAGCUUGCAGCAGUAGCCGUGUUCUUCAUCAUGCUGAUAGUGUAUGUGCGGUUUUGGUGGCUGUGAGAUAGUGAAGCCUCGUCACUAGUAAGGGAGAACCUAGAACCCAGCAGGUGUAUGUUUUCAGGAAACUGAGCUCACAGGGCUGUGUGUUAGAACCCAAGUGGAACUUCUGCCUCUAAAGACCUUGCAAGAAAAGACCUGUCCUGAAAUGAAAGAUGGCGCCUCGUUUAAGGAAGCUUGACCCAUGUGGAUGUCUCCGGGGCAGAGACCUUCUCUGGGUGCUAAGCCAUAUGUAUUAGGGAACAGUAGGUUGUCUGUUUUGUUUCUUCCCUCCCCAGUACAUUUGUGAGACAGCAGAGAUGGGGCGGUCUCUCUGAUGGAGCCAUCAGUGAGAUUUAAGGUAGCCAACCCAUUCUAGCAGCAUCCUGAAAUUCUGUCAGAGUUUCCCUUUGGGGAGUCCUAACCUUAAUCGACAUUCCUUUGUUGGUUACAUGUGUGAUUAACUUUCAAGUAAGACUCAAAGUAUGUGAAGGUUAAUUGCUUCGGUGCACAGGUCCUGUGUGUUGGCCGCUGUAGGAAGUUAACUUUUGUUUUUUGUUUUUUUUUCUUUUAUAUUUUGCUUAUUGCACAGUUGCUUUGGAAUUAAAUCAAUUAUAUUAAUAUGCCUUGAAAUUAUAUAGUAUUGCUUGACUAAAAGGAUGAAUUUUUUUCUGUCAUUUA